AUGGCCAAUGAUAAUAUCCUUAAAAGAGAAGCAAAAUCACCAUCGGUCAUUGAGUGUGCGACGACGGCGGCGGCGGCAACGGAGGUGGAGACAGUUUCGGCGGUGAAAUGCUGUUGUUGUGGAUUGGUGGAGGAGUGCACGGAGGCGUAUAUUACGCGCGUGAAGGAGCGUUUCGAGGGCCGUUGGAUUUGCGGACUUUGUGGUGAGGCAGUGAAGGAAGAACGGCUGAGAUCAAAGAACAAAAGUGAGGAUGAGAGUAUUAUGAUGACAAUGGAUGAAGCAAUUAGAAGUCACAUGAAGUUUUGUCAACAAUUCAGGUCUUCAAUUAGUCCACCCAAUAACCCCACUGAGGAAUUCAUAAUUGCAAUGAAGAACAUCCUCUUUAGGACAUUGGAUUCUCCUAGGAAGGACAGUUUCAAUGGUUGUAGGCCACUAGGUAGAUCCCAAAGUUGCUUCUCAACCAUACAACCAACAACAACAAAAACUACUACUACUACUUCUCAAGAUCAGACACUUUCUGAGUGA